AUGUCAGAUCUAAAUCAUUCAAGUAAUAAUCCUAAUAUUAAUAAUGACAGUAGGAAUAUUUUCACCACAGUUAAUGAUAAUAUCGAUAACUCCACUAUAAAUAGAACAAAAAAUCAAUUCUUUGACAUUUAUGAAAAGAUAUCCAGUGAGAAUUUAACCGUAAUAGAUAAACUAAAUAUUUUGACAAGAUUCAAAGGUCAUGUUAAAAAAGAAUUAGUAAACACUGAUUAUAUACAAUUGUAUUUUAAAACACUAUUAUACAUUCCUAACUAUAUUAAAUUGUUGAAUCAGAAACAAUCCUAUAAAGAUGAUCAAGAGGAAACCAUAAAGAAUCUUCUUCUGACAUCGCACUCUGCAUUAUCUUAUUUAGUUAAAAGAGUAUCAUAUCAAUCUCCAAAUUCUAUCAAUAAUACUAUAGUUAAUGAUUUAUUAUCUUAUUUUAUUGAAAUUCAAGAUACUGUAAAUAAUCAAAGCAUCAACAUAGCGAAAUUUAAUUUAAAUAAAAAAAUAUGGUUAUUGUCAAAUAAGGCUAUUGAAAUCCUUUAUUUAACCGUUCCAUUAUAUGUAGAGGAUGCUUUAUUGAAACUUUUUAACAAUUUAAAUGAAUCUGAUAAUUACUUAUUAGAACAGUUAAACAAUAAUCAUUUGAAAUAUUUAUUAUUAAUUAUUGAUGAUUUAACUAGGAUAAAUUUACAAAGUAAUAAAACUAGUAGUAAUACAACAAUUUUUUUAGAGAUUUUUUUACCUCAUUUCAUCCAUCUAUUGAAUAAUAACAAACUUUUUGAUCUUAAUGGUACAUAUCGUGAAGAUACAAACAAAAAAUUGAUUGUGGAAUUAAUUAAUGAUAUCCUAACUAAAUAUCUAGAUAACAAGGUAUUUUCUGAAUUCAAAUCUAAAUUGAAUAACAGUAGCAUAAGAAACUAUUUUAUGAAAGAAACAACUACAGAUAAAUCUUCAGAUACAGGAAAAAAUAAAGAUAACAAUAACAUUGAUAAUAAUGAUGAGAAAAUAUCGAUCGAUAAUAAUGCUACUUCGAUCCCUUCACUUGGUUUGUUUGAUUUGGAAAUGGAGUAUAAUAUGUUGCUAAAUGAUUAUAAAGCGCCGCAGUUGACCAAUUUACUUAACCAAAACCAUUUAAAAUAUAAAUCUAAAUAUGAAAACCUAACAACCUUAGUGAACGAUUUAAACACGUUAUUGGUUCCAUUUCAUGAAAGAAAGGAAACUGAAUCUAAUUGGAAGGUUAGACAAACGAAUAUUAUUAUGAUAAGAGAGAAGCUAUUAAUUAACGAACAACUGCUCAAAAAUAAUAAAAGUGAAAUGGUUUCCGCUUUAAAAGAAAUGAAUUUCGUUGAUAAUUUAUCAAAAGCUAUUUUAUCUUUAAGAACAUCAUUAUCUUUAAACUCGUGUCAAUUAUUAAAAGAACUAUUAGAAUUACUAGGUGAUUCUAUGCCAUUAGUAUUGCUGGAUCAAAUAUUCACAUUAUUAAAACAGCUUUUAUCUUCAACAAAAAAAAUAUCUUCACAGAUGGCAUUGCAUUGUUUGAUGUGUUUUUUCAUAUGUGUUAAUGAAUUCCACAACAAACUGUUUCAAAGUGCAUUCACUUUAAUGAAUGAAAAGAGCAUUGUUCCAAGAAAUUCUUCGACAAUUUUUCUUAGAAUUUUCAUUAUUAAGUUUAGUAAAACUGUGAAAUUAGAGAACAAUUUAUUAUAUGUAGAAGAGUGGUUGAAAAAAGGUUUAUUAGAUGCCCAAAUAAUUGUCAGAGAUUCGAUGAAGUUAACUUUUUGGUAUUUUUAUAAGGCAUACCCUGAACAUGGGAAAUCUUUAUUACAUAAUUUCUUUUCCCCACAAUUGAAAAAAUCUUUAGAAUCAUCUAUACCUUUGCAUCUAUCCAUUGAUUAUGAAAGGCCAUCAAACAGCUCUUCUUCGAAUAAUUCAAGACGCUCAAGUUUGCUAAAUGCACAUUUUCAAAACAACGGAAGUAAGAGGAAAUAUCCAAGUUAUGCACAACCGACACAGUCGUCAUCCAUCUUGCAAAAAAUCAACAAUGUAACUCAUGGAAGUAGUAAUGGAAAUUUUGGCUAUAGAUCAACUAGUGAUAAUAUUAGUCAUUCGAAUGACUUUGUUUCCAAAAAAUUUAAAUCUAGCACAUCAACAAUGAGUAGAAUUGAUAAUAAUUCAUUGAUAAAAAGAAAAGUUAGUGCGCCAGUGAGGCAUACUGGUAGUAAUAAUAGUAUAUUAGACGUUGAGAACAUGAGUCAAUUUGAUAUAACUGAUGAGAUAAAUAGUCCACAUUCCAAUCCACUUAUCCAAAAAUAUUUGGAGAAUUCUAAUUCUAAACAAAAUACAUCUUCUACAAUUAAUAAAACUCCUCUUGAUAAUAAAUAUGGCCUUAUAGGAUCAGAAGAAGAAUCAAAAAAAAUUAUUGCUUCAUUUAAAUCUCAUUCGUUACAAAAUUUUAUACUGAACCCUCAAAAUUACAAAUAUCCCUUGCAAUUAUUGCAAAAUUUUCUUUUACGUAAAUCUGGUAAGCUCCUGAUAGAGACGACUCUAUCCACAAUUAUGCCAUAUAUGAGACAAAUCUUAUUAAAGGUUCCGAUCGAGUUGAAAAAUCUACUUUCAUUUCCUGUGUUUGUGCAGUGUAUGCCAUUAAAAUUCAUAAUUGAACUAUGUUCCAUUUGUAAUAUGAAUAUUGAUGACAUAAUUUUAAAAUUGAAUAUAAGUGAUAUGAAUAAAUUCAUAAAUGAAAUAAGUUCUCUUUUCAAUGAUAUGACAUCUGAAUACUCUGAUAAAAAUGUCUCUCUAUAUUAUAUGAAGUACAGAGAAAAAUUUUUUAAUUUUACAAUGAAUGUAUUGAUCUACUUAUUUGAAGAUAAAAUUCAUUUUGAUAUCCAGGAUCCUGAUUUUAAAAGGUUAUUGAAGUUGGUAUCUGAUAUUUAUGGAGAUGAGUUUGAUAAUACCAUUUAUUUCAAUUUAAUAUUUCAACUUUAUAUAUACAAUAAAAAAGUAUUCUUAGAAUAUUUGAAUACUCUCAAUCUGGUUUCCAAGAAACUUAAAAUUUCAAAUGAAUUACAAAUGCGAGAUCCGACAUUCGAACUAACAAGCACCAGGCUAUCAAAAUCCGUCAAAGAAAAACAAAUAACUACAGAAGUGGAAGAUAAUUCAUCUCAAGAUGUUUUGGCUAUAGAUAAUCAUAAUGAUGAUAUUACCAUAAGAAAGUACAUGGAUAUGACCAUGGUAAAUCCAUUUAAGCAAAAUAACUCCCUUAAUGGAGAAGUAAAUCAAAAUGAUGACCUUGGAAAUAAAAUAAAACCUGAAGAUAGUGAGAAUGGUACAUCACAUAGUACGUUAGAUAGUACAGAAAAUAAAUUAUCUCAGAUGACUAGAGUUGUUAGUGUUUACCAGACUAUUGAUUACACAAAGUCUAAUCCUAAACCACUAAAUAAUAUUAAGGAAGAGGAGGAUGGAGAUAAAAAUGCUAUUAAAUCAGAAAUCGAUCUAAGUGAUAUUUUCUCAAAGAAAAAAUCUGUAAAUGAGUUGAAUAUGAUGGUCAGAGGAGUCAAUCAAGUAGAAAAUAAUAAAUUAGAUAAUAUCAAUUUACGUAAUGAGGAGGAUUUCAAACCGGAGCAGGAACAUACAGUUAAAUUUAGUACUGAUCCACCAAAAGUGAUCAAUGAUGAAAUGAAGACCUUGAGAAAGGAAAACGAAGACGGUACAUUAACUUCUAGCCCAGAGAUAGAGGUCAGAUCACCAGAUGUUAAUUCAAAAUUAGUUUUAGUGUCUAACAAUUCAGAAAAAAUACAGCCGAGAAUUAAAUUAGAGGAACAAUUAGAGAUACCAAGGGAUGUAACUGUUCAUCAUGGAGAUAAAUAUAAUUUAAUGCAUUUGUUGCCUGCAGAUUCAUUUAUUUUAUUUGAAUUAAAUGUAAUUAUUGCAAGUAAUUAUGGACAGACACGUGAUUUCACAAUUAAGAAGCGUAAUCAAUAUGAUCAUCUUCUGGAGGCAGUGAAUAGGAUAAAAAGUGGUAUGUUUACCAUGAAACAUUUGAUUUAUUUAAUUGAACCUUUAAUUGAGUUAGAUCUGAAUGAUACCUUAUUGCUUAAAUGGUUACAACAAGAGGGUGGAUUUGCAAAGUUACAAGAUAUUUGUUUAAUGUUACUACAGUCUACUGAUGAAACGAUGUUGAUUCCAACGAACAUGACAAGUAAAGCAUUGAUAUUACUACAGUGUUUAUUGUUAAUAAAUGAACAUUUUUCAGAUAAGAUGCAAUUAUCAUCUGGGUUUGCUACAGAGAUAUGGGAUCAGUUUAUUAUAUUGGUUGAUAAAUUAUCUGAUUAUAAUAAUGAAAUUUAUAAUCUUUUGAUAGAGACAAGGCAGUUGAUGAUACAUUUAAAAUAUUUUGAUUCUAAAAGAAUAACAAGCAUUCUGAAUAAAUUAUUGUUUAUGAUAUAUGAAUAUGAAAAGAAUGUGCCUUCUAAUUCCAACAAUUAUAAUCCACAGCAAUUAGUAUAUGUUUCAACAAAGAAGAAGGAAGGUAUGGUGGUAUCAUUUCUAUUAGGGACAUUAUCAGAUAUACUCAAAGAUUAUAGGAGACAGAAGAAUCCAAAUAAUACUGUUGUUAUUAAAAAUAACCAGUUUUCUGAAAUUAUACAAUCAUUAAUAUCAUUUACAGAAUUUGAGAUAACUGAAUGGAGAUAUGAGAGUUGCAAUAUACUUGCAAGCAUCCACUAUAUUCUAAAGACUAUUAAGAAAUUACGUCAAGAAGAGAUAGAAGGUCUAUUUGGUCAACUAAGUAAAUUUUCUUAUAGAUUGAUUAAGUCCAUGGCAUCAAGUAUUUAG